AUGUUACAUGAUGAAAAUGAUGAGGAGGAUGACAUUCCAAGAUUGUCUGCAGAAACCCUGGCUGCCUUGCAGGAGUUUUAUUUGGAAGAAGAACAAAGGAACAUGGAGGAGGAUGCUGCCAUCUCCUCAACAAACACAAACAUGCCAAAAGAAGAUUGGCAAUUGAGUCAAUUCUGGUAUGAUGAAGGCACGGCAAGAACCUUAGCAAAUGAAUGCAUAAGUUCCGUUGGAGAGAAUGGUAGGGUAGCUUUUAUAUCCAGUCCAACAAUUUUUGCAAAGUUAAAAGAGUUACACCCAGAUAUCAGCAGCAAUUCAGUUUGUUUGGAGUAUGACAGAAGAUUCUCAAGCAUAUUUGGGUUGAACUACAUAUUUUAUGAUUACAAUGAGCCUCUGAACCUGCCUGAAAGUUUAAAGUCUUCUUUUGAUUUGGUGGUCCUUGAUCCUCCAUUUCUAUCUGAGGAAUGUCUUGAAAAGUCAGCCAAGACGGCUCAGUAUCUUACCAAUGGAAAGAUUCUGUUGUGCACAGGAACAGUGAUGGAAGAUGCAGCAUACAGAUUAUUGAAUGUGAAAAGACUUAAAUUUACGCCUAAACAUUCUAACAAUUUGUCAAACGAAUUUUCCUGUUUUAGCAAUUUUGAUACAAAACUAUUGUGA